GCUUGACCAUCUGAUAUAAUUGGAAUUCAUCCACGAUUCAGAUAAGUGGAAUAGCGAUGUUUUAAUUAAUACAAAAAAACUACGUACUUCCGCUUUAACCUACAACUAGUCUCGCGAGGCUAAACCUCUCGUCAGGCCUGGUUUAAGAGGCUCCCUAACCGAAAACGAGUAGAAAAAGUAAGAAAAUUAUAAUUUCGUUUGCCUGUUUAUUGUAGAAUAAGGAUUAGCCACUCUAUACACUGACCCGCCAAUUUCUGUAAAUUCUCCUUAUCUUGAAAUAACAGAAAAACGGAGAACUAGCGCUGAACUGGUUCGCCGUCACCCUGUUUACCUUGGAAUAAUUGAACGAAUCCUACACUGAAAGAUCGUUGAGGCACGCGAAGAAUGGGAGACGGCACUUGGGAAAGAAAUCUGCUUACGUUGCAGAUGGAGGACAAACCCAGCCUGCUACUCUCCUUCCACACUGAGCCUAAAGAAGAGUCACUAGAUUCUUAUUGGGACAGUGGAGCUCAGUGUUCAUUGGUGGAUUCAGAAAUGAAAUCAGAGAAGCUAGAAAACUGCAGUCAAACACUGGGGCCAAAUGACAUUAAAUAUGAAGAGAAGAUUGGGGAUUUAACUAAUCAAGAUGAGAUGGCUGAAGUUGAUACAUUUCCUACACAUGGAGAGCAACAACAGGAAGAUUGCAGAGAUAAGUCUCAUUUCUGCACCCACUGUGGAAAACAUUUUCUUUCUAUAUCACUGCUAAAAAGACAUAUUAACAUACACUCCGGAGAGAAGCCCAACUCCUGUUCUGACUGUGGGAUGAGUUUCAUUUCAUCAUAUAAUUUAAUUAGACAUCAGAGAUUGCACACAGGAGAGAAGCCUUACUUGUGUUCUGAGUGUGGGAAGUGUUUCUCUCAUUCAGGCAGCCUUAAUAUUCACCAGCGUGUGCACACUGGAGAGAAGCCAUUCUCUUGUAGUGACUGUGGGAUGAGUUUCUCUCAAUUAGGUAGUCUUAAUAGUCACCAGCGUGUACAUACUGGCCAGAAGCCUUACUCCUGUCCUGACUGUGGGAAGAGUUUCUCUUUACCAGGUAGCCUUAAAUGUCACCAGCGCAUACAUACUGGAGUGAAGCCUUACUCCUGUCGUUACUGUGGGAAGAGUUUUUCUCAAUUAAGUAUGCUUAAAGCUCACCAACUAAUACACACUGGAGAGAAGCCAUACUCCUGUCCUGACUGUGGGAAGAGUUUCUCCAGUCGAGGUAGCCGUAUUGUUCACCAGAGCAAACAUACCGGAGAGAAACCUUACUCCUGUUCUGAGUGUGGGAAGAGUUUCUCUCAGCUAGAUAGUCUUAAAACUCACCAGCGCAUUCACACAGGAGAGAAGCCAUACUCCUGUUCUGACUGUGGGAAGGGUUUCUCUCAAUUAAGUAUGCUUAAAGCUCACCAGCGCAUCCAUACUGGAGAGAAGCCUUACUCCUGUCCUGACUGUGGGAAGAGUUUCACUCAACCAGGUACCCUUAGAAAUCACCAGCGCAUUCAUACUGGAGAGAAGCCUUUCUCCUGUCCUGGCUGUGGGAAGAGUUUCUCUCAACUAGGUAGCCUUAAUAUUCACCAGCGUAUACAUACUGGAGAGAAGCCUUACUCCUGUUCUGACUGUGGGAAGAGUUUCUCUCGACUAGGUAGCCUUAAAAUUCACCAGCGCAUACAUACUGGAGAGAAGCCUCUUCAUUGAUAUAGCACAGUUCAUACAUAGAGUCAAUACAAUGUCCUUUAAAAUGAAAAAUAAACAUUAAAAUGCAAUGGAAUAAAACAAAAAAAGUCAGAUUCUUCGAUUCUCUAACCACCCUCCAGGGGGACUCUCCAACCCGGUAUCUCAGUCUUUGCACUCCAGCGCUAGAAUGAACCCGUCAGUCUUUUGUGAAAUCUACAUCGAUGUCUUACCCGGCUGUCUCCAGGGAAAUAUUUAUGCCAUGUCUGUGUAUUAUAUUUUAUAUUCAUACUCGAUGAGUAACUGUUUCCAGAAAUGUUUACCGCACCACCCUGGUAUCUCUAUCCUUGCGCUCCAGCACUUGGAUAAAGUCGUCAGUCCUUUUGUGAGAUGAUACCCUGCAUCGAUGUCUAAACAGCAGCACGAGAACUUGCCUUAGCAGAUUGUUACAUUUACACAGAGGUUAUUCCUCUGAAUAACUUGCAUUAUCCAUCAUCCACAGAUCGUUACAUUUACAGUGGUUAUUCCUCUGGUAGCACAAGAAAAGAAACGGAAUGAUGUGCUCUGUUCUCUUGGUCCUGGUUAACAUUCUAGCAGCAGCAUUCUGAAAGAGCUGCAGCUGUUUUACAGUCUUUUGGGGAGUCCAGUUAAGAGGCCAUUACAGUAGUCAACCCAACUAGAGAUAAAAGCAUUGAUGAGCGUCUCUUGGUCUUUUUGAGUCAUCAAACCCUUGAUUCUGGAUAUAUAUUUCAGAUGAUAGACUCAGAUCUCACAUUCAACUGUCAUAUCAAAGCGUUCACCAAAACAGCAUUCUAUCAGAACACCAAUAAUACGCACUAGGCCCCUGGUUUUUAGGGCCUGGAGAGAAAGCUUAACCCUCUUCUGACUGUGGGAGGAGUUGAUGUAGCCUUAAAAAUCAGCGGCACAUACAUGCUAGAGAGAAGCCUUAUUCCUGUUCUGAAUUUGGGAAGAGUUUCAAUCGUCUUGUCUCCCUCAGAACACAUCAGAGGAUUCAUAGUACUGGAUAACACUACUUUUAAAUGUAGGAAGUGCUUUUUGACCAUCUUAACUUUCUGUCGUAGAGUACAGAGGGAACGGAAAAAUGUCAAUUCUGGAUACAUUUACUACCCCCUCAAUAAGCCUUUAUUUUGUAGUGUAUCCAUUCAGAAGUGCUCUGCUGUUAAAAAGUUUUGGGGUCACUUAGAAAUGUCCUUGUUUUCCAAGGAAACAUACAUGAAUUGAGUUUGAGUGGGAAAUACAGCAAAAUGAAUAGGAUCUAUAGUCAUUGACAUGGUUAGAAAUAAUGAUUCUUAGUUGAAAUAACAAUUGUCCUUCAGAAUUUGCCUUUGUCAAAGAAUCCUUCAUUUGCAGAAAUUACAGCCUUGCAGACCUUUGGCUUUCUAGUUGUCAGUUCGGUGAGGUAA